UAUAGACUGUGAGGACACCCUAACCUGUCCAGACGAGGACCCAUUAGAUGUUGCUGAUGAUUACCAAGAGGAAACCAGUGGUUCAGAUAGUGAUCCAGACUAUGUACCAAGGAUUUAUGUCAGGACUGGUGGGGUCUUGGAGACACAAUUGAACUUGGAUGAUGUUCCUGAAAUGAAUAUGGAAGACACAUUGUAUGAUAUUGAAGACAUUGAGGAGGAAGAGGAAAACACCUUAACUGAUGAUCAACCACAUCCUGGUUUUAUAAAAGUUUUAAAUGAAGAUGACAUCAUUGGUGUACCAGCCUCAAUAGUAUACCACAGCAGUCUGAAGCAACUUGUGCAGUAUUUGGACAUUCCAGUCAGAGCAUGUACAGCGAUGAACCGAACCACCAAAAAAUGUUGUGGCGCACCCAAACCGUUUGAGGUGGUUGUCCGGGAAAGAGGCACUGCUGCAGUUGUUGAAUGGAUAUGUCUACGUGGGCACGUUGUUUGGAAGUGGUUUUCGCAGCCAAAGUUCUCACAAGGAAUGCACGCCGGCGAUUUUCUUCUUAGCACCAACAUAUUGUUGUCCGGAAACAAUUACACAAAAAUUGCUCUGCUAUUCAAGUUCAUGAAUAUGCGAAUGGUAAACCAGACAACUUUCUUCAGGAUCCAGGAUCACUUCUGUAUCGACACGAUAAUUGAUUAUUGGGAAACAAAAAGAACAGAAAUCAUCAGGCAGCUUCAAUCAAAGCAAAGUGUUGUGGCCCUGGGAGAUGGCCGGAUGGACAGUCCUGGUUUCUGCGCACAGUACUGUUCAUACUCUGUCAUGGACAAUGACACACAAAAAAAUCAUUUCAAUUGUCAAUAUUGACAAGAGGGAGACGGCAAGAAAUUCAGUGGCCAUGGAGAAGGAGGGGUUUCUCCGAACAUUUGAUGACCUCUGUCGAAAUGUCACGCUGACUGAGAUAUGCACGGAUGCCAACACACAGAUUUCAGCUCUUUUCAAUCCAAAGACAGGGCUGUUAAAAGAUAAGGGUGUUCUCCAUUCUCUCGAUGUCUGGCAUGAUUCAAAAAAUCUUUCCAGAAGGCUGACAGCGCUAGGCCAACAGAAGGGGUGCUCUAUUCUUCUGGAAUGGUGUAAAGACAUUUGCAACCAUUUUUGGCACUGUUGCAAGACUGCUGAGAACUAUGAUGAAUUCUUUGACAUGUGGAUCGGCCUACUCCACCAUGUAACCGGGGAGCAUUCUUGGGCUCUGGGUAGCUGCCAUCACGGUCCCCUUGUGGAGCCAAGGGAAAAAGAAUGGAUAGAGCCUAACUCAGAAGCCCAUCAGAAACUCCGUGAAAUAAUUCUUGAUGCACGAUGGCUUAAGGAUGUUCCUAAGUAUUUACAUUUCAGAUCAACUGCAGACCUUGAGUCAUUCCAUAAUCACAUAUUAAUGUACGCCAGCAAACGUUUCUGCUUCACACAUGCAGUGUACAGUGCACGAGUCUGCCUUGCCGCUCUUGACUACAAUCACCACAUCAACAGAGCACCAAAGAAAAAACGAGAUGACAGUCUUCAGUAA